AUCGCUGAAAAAAUCUGAGUCAAUUAGUGGAGACCAAGUCUACGGUGCGUGCGGUUGAUCAAUAAUGUUGUGCCUGCUUUGGCUGGUGUCCGUUUGGGCCCUUUGCUGGGCCGGGACCCUUUCGGAGGAUCAGCUGAUACGCAUUCCUAUGCAGCUCCAGGCCUCAUUCAUGGCCACCCGGCGACAGCACCGAGCAGGAAAACAGUUGCUCUACGCCAAGUACAAUCUGGCCAACAGUGAGGCGUCGCAGAGCAGUAGCGGUGCCAGUGAGCCGCUGGACAAUCGAUUGAACCUUGAGUAUGCCGGUCCCAUCAGCAUUGGCACCCCCCGACAGCCCUUCAAUAUGCUGUUUGACACGGGAUCCGCUAAUCUGUGGGUGCCCAGUGCGGAGUGCUCGGCUAGGAAUGUGGCCUGCCAACACCAUCAUCGAUACAAUGCCUCUGCUUCGAGCAGCCAUGUGCCCGACGGUCGACGAUUCGCCAUCGCCUAUGGCACCGGCAGUCUAUCUGGCAGGCUGGCCCAGGACACGGUCUCUGUUGGGCGUCUGGUGGUGCAGAAUCAAACGUUCGGCAUGGCCAUCCAUGAGCCUGGCUCCACCUUUGUGGAUACCAACUUUGCGGGCAUUGUGGGUUUGGCUUUCCGUUCCAUUGCGGAGCAGCAGGCCACUCCGCUCUUCCAGAACAUGUGCGACCAGGGCUUGGUGAAUCAGUGCGUGUUCUCCUUUUACCUCAAGCGAAAUGGCAGCGCACAGCAGGGUGGCGAGCUGCUUUUCGGCGGCAUCGAUGCCAGCAGAUUCACGGCGCCACUUACCUACGUACCCCUCACCCAUGCCGGCUACUGGCAGUUUCAAAUGCAGAGAGUGGAAGUCGGUGGCAAGACCAUCAGCCAGGGGCGUCAGGCUAUAGUGGAUACUGGCACCUCGCUGCUGGCGGCCCCGCCGCGGGAGUAUUUGAUCAUCAAUAGCCUCCUCGGGGGUCUGCCCACGGCUAGUGGCGAGUACUUGCUCCGGUGCUCGGACAUCGGUCGCCUGCCGGAGAUUUUUUUCGUCAUUGGGGGCCAGCGCUUCGGGCUGCAGCCGAGGGACUACGUUAUGCAGGUGGCCAACGAUGACGGCUCCUCGGUGUGUCUGUCAGCCUUCACCUUGAUGGACGCGGACUUCUGGAUUCUUGGCGAUGUCUUCAUCGGGCGCUAUUACACGGCCUUCGAUGUGGCCCAGAGGCGGAUCGGCUUUGCCCCAGCCGCCUGAAUAACACGUUUUGACUUUUAUGAGUAAAAAUUUGUAGUUUUGUAUUUCAUUUCCUACAAAAUCGUGGCCACAAAAUGAACCAGAGAGAGAGAGAGUGGUAGAGAGAGAUAGAGAGUGUUAAAGAGAGUUAGUCAAGGGGUGACAUAUGGAGAACUAGAAACCAGUUUGCGGCGAAAACAGCUGACUAAGUCACGUUCAUUUUCGGCGAGCCCAUUGAAUAUAUUAGCCACGUUAUUCAUUCUUUUCGCUCUGGGGUGUAUUUUGUACACUCCGACCUGAUUCAAUUUGUUAUUUAACAAAGACACGUUUUAUUUUGCUACGAAUUCCCCCUAACUCGAUAGCGUUCUGUCAGAUAUAUUAUUUUUGAUUGUUUCCAAUCGCAGAGCACCUCCGUCGGCGAGCCCUCUCUAUUGCUCUACCAUACCAUAAAU